CGUGGCGGUGGCGGCGGCGGCGGCGGCGGCUGAGCGCUAGGAGAGGUCCGGGCCGGCCCUGCGGCCUGGAGGCCGCGAGGGGCGGAGGCCGGGCCGCCCUCCCGCGCUGCGGGAGCGGAGGGGCAGAAGCGGCGGCGAGGGAGCUCGGGCCGGCCGCGGGGAAGGUGGGGGAGGCUCCGCGCACCUCCCGCCCUCCGGCCGCCCCGCUGGCCCAGCCACAGCCUCCGCCGCCGCCGCCGCCUCCGCCGCCGCCUCGGGCUCCCGCCGCGGGCUCGACGGCCCCGGGCGGGGAGGGCGGGCGGCGUGCGCGCCCGGAGCCGCCGGAGAUGGCGGGAGGGCACUGCGGCGGCUUCGCCGCGGCGGCGGCCGGCAGCGGCGAGAUCGUGCAGCUGAACGUGGGGGGGACCAGAUUUAGUACCUCAAGACAAACUCUUAUGUGGAUUCCAGAUUCUUUUUUUUCCAGUUUGCUGAGUGGAAGAAUUUCAACACUUCGAGAUGAAACUGGUGCUAUAUUUAUUGAUCGAGAUCCAGCAGCAUUUGCACCCAUUUUAAACUUUCUUCGGACAAAAGAACUAGACUUACGGGGAGUGAGUAUUAAUGUUCUCAGGCAUGAAGCAGAAUUUUAUGGAAUCACUCCAUUAGUAAGAAGGCUUCUCUUAUGUGAGGAGUUGGAGCGCUCGUCUUGCGGCAGUGUCCUUUUCCACGGUUACUUGCCUCCGCCAGGUAUCCCCAGUCGUAAAAUAAACAGCACAACUAGGUCCUCUGCUGGUUCUAGGAAUGGCCUGAAUUCCACGGAAGGUGAAGCUCGGGGGAACGGCGCCCAGCCUGCUCUCUCUGGAACAGGAGAAGAGACUGUGCGGCUAGGAUUUCCUGUGGAUCCACGAAAGGUGCUGAUAGUUGCUGGCCAUCACAACUGGAUCGUAGCUGCAUAUGCCCAUUUUGCUGUAUGUUACAGAAUCAAAGAAUCUUCAGGAUGGCAACAAGUGUUUACGAGUCCAUAUUUGGACUGGACUAUUGAGCGAGUAGCUUUAAAUGCAAAAGUGGUUGGAGGUCCACAUGGAGACAAAGACAAAAUGGUUGCUGUUGCUUCAGAGAGUAGCAUCAUCUUAUGGAGUGUCCAGGAUGGAGGGAGCGGAAGUGAAAUUGGAGUGUUCAGCCUUGGCGUUCCUGUAGAUGCGCUCUUCUUUAUCGGUAACCAGCUGGUGGCUACGAGUCACACUGGGAAAGUGGGAGUGUGGAAUGCCGUCACUCAGCACUGGCAGGUUCAAGAUGUUGUUCCUAUAACGAGUUACGACACUGCUGGCUCAUUCCUGCUACUGGGAUGUAACAAUGGAUCAAUAUACUACAUAGAUAUGCAGAAGUUCCCUUUGAGAAUGAAGGAUAAUGAUCUUCUUGUAACCGAGCUUUACCACGAUCCUUCAAAUGAUGCCAUUACGGCGCUGAGCGUGUACCUCACACCCAAGACAAGUGUCUCUGGGAACUGGAUCGAGAUCGCCUAUGGUACGAGCUCUGGCGCGGUGCGCGUGAUCGUGCAGCACCCGGAGACGGUGGGCUCGGGCCCGCAGCUCUUUCAGACUUUCACCGUUCACCGAAGUCCUGUUACAAAAAUCAUGCUGUCCGAGAAGCAUCUGGUGUCAGUGUGUGCCGACAAUAAUCACGUCCGGACAUGGACAGUAACACGGUUCAGAGGCAUGAUCUCUACUCAGCCAGGGUCUACACCAUUAGCGUCGUUCAAGAUACUGUCUCUGGAGGAGACGGAGAGUCAUGGAAGCUAUUCCUCUGGAAAUGACAUAGGGCCUUUCGGAGAGCGAGAUGAUCAACAGGUGUUUAUCCAGAAAGUUGUUCCCAUCACCAACAAACUGUUCGUAAGACUCUCAUCGACUGGGAAAAGAAUCUGUGAGAUCCAGGCUGUUGACUGCACAACAAUAUCAUCGUUCACGGUGAGAGAAUGUGAGGGCUCGAGCAGGAUGGGCUCCCGGCCACGGCGCUACCUGUUCACAGGCCACACGAACGGCAGCAUUCAGAUGUGGGACCUGACCACGGCCAUGGACAUGGUGAACAAAAGCGAAGAGAGGGAUGUAGGUGGUCCCACUGAGGAGGAGUUGCUCAAGUUACUGGAUCAGUGUGACCUGAGCACAUCUCGCUGCGCUACUCCUAACAUCAGUCCAGCAACUUCCGUGCUCCAGCACAGCCGCCUCCGGGAGUCCAGCUCCAGCCUUCAGCUCCAGCACCAUGAAACCAUCCACGAAGCAGCUACUUACGGCUCCAUGAGGCCUUACAGAGAGAGUCCCCUGUUAGCAAGAGCGAGAAGAACUGAGAGCUUCCACAGUUACAGGGACUUCCAGACUGUUAAUUUGAGCAGAAAUGUAGACAGAGGUGUCCCUGAAAAUGGGAACGUGGGUCCAAUACAAGCCGAAGUAAAGCGGGCAACAGGGGAGUGUAAUGUGUCAGAGAGAAAGUCUCCUGGAACAGAAGCGAAGAGUUUGAGAGAAUCAGAUGGUGGAUUGGAAGUGCACAAGAUAGCUGAAGGUCUAGAAUCCAAGAAAAGGUCCUCAGAAGAAGAAAAUGAAAAUAAAGUGGAAUUACGGAAGAAAGGGGGAUUUGAAGGAGGAGGAUUCCUUGGGAGGAAGAAAGUCCCCUAUCUGGCCUCAUGCCCGAGUACUUCCGACGGAGGAGCAGACUCCCCCGGGGCUGCGUCUCCGUCUCCUACGAAGACCACGCCAUCUCCUCGGCAUAAAAAAAGCGAUUCUUCAGGUCAAGAAUACAGCCUGUGAAGACUCACCAAAGUAAUUGUUUUGUUAAUUUAGAUGAAGGUUCACAACUUUACUGGGUUUCAGUACAUUCGCUUUUACACCAAAACUUCCCAAGAAAUUAAAACCCGAGUUCAUUCGGUAUCUUUUUAACGGAAUUACCCAGAGGGAGGAGGUAAAAAUAAUUCUGUCUCUUCGGGCCUUUUGGAAAGUUUUUUUUAGUUUUACAAGUACAUUCAACGGAUCAUUUGUAAAGCAAGAGUCCCUUUCAGUGUUUAGCUACUCUGGAUUUUGGAAGCCAAGUACUGAGUCGUACUGACCUGGGCGCACUGCACUUGGGCAUCCCUGAGGGCGCAGGGACCAGCAGAUGGCGCUCCUGAUCUCAUCGUGCUUGAGAUUUGUCUCGCAUCGUCCAGUGAAGCGAAUCACAUUAAAUCUCUCUGGAUAGUCUCCCAACACUUCUUGUGAUUGCCAUGUGUUUACCACAUAUUUAAUGAGGUGCUAUGUUUGUGAAGAAUUACCUAAUUCAGAAACACUAUUAAUGUUGACCACCAGACUACACUACACAGUAGGCAGUCCCUUCGGAUGUUUUUCUUAAAUCGUGGGUCAUUUUCUGAUUCUCAUUAUUUGGAGUUCUUAAAUCUUAGCAAGUGUCACCAAUAUUAAAUACCCAAAGUCCAUUUAAACUUUCUUUAAAGUUGGAGCAGUUGUCUGUGUUUGAAACAGAUGAAAUAAAAAAUAAUAAUCAAGGCUAGAGCAUUGCGUGCCCAGAAGGGAAACCAUCCUAGUCUUCCGUCUGCCUUGUCCGAUUUAGGGGCCACGUGUUUCCACCCACUGUCAAUAAUGAAAAUAAUUAAGUCAGAAUGUCGCCAUUUUGUUAAGCUUCUAAGACGGCAGUUCUCAACUUGUGGUUCAAGGUUUUGGCUGCUAUGCAAAUAAUUGUUUUAAAAUAUAUUUUGAAUUAUGAGACAAAUUUUUUGUACCUUUUUUUUUGGUUUGGAAUACUUUUCAAGUUUCUGCACAUAGGGCAAUUGUAAAUUUAAAGCAUUAAGCAUUUAUUGGUGAAUAAUGUAUAUAUUCCCCGUCAAGAAAUAUGAGUGAAAUUGAAAUAAAUUCUUUAAAGUUUACUAUAUUGCUAGUGGUUUCACAACACUUGUAUUUAUUUAUCAAUGAAGUCUAAUAAAGUUGAUUAAGACGGUG